AUGGCGCUUGAUUUGGGUUCGAGGCCGACGGUGUCGUCGGGUGCGAUCGGGCGGAGGGACGAUGAAGCGGAGGAUGAAGAGGACGAGCUCUCGGACGAAGACGCGGGCCCGCACGCGGCGGAUAUGUACGCGGUGGGCGACGACGGACAGUGGGUGAAUCAGGACGCGUACGGCGACGUCGGCGACGCGAACGCGAACGUACCCGAGGACGAUAUCGUCGAAUUCGACGUCACGGGCGACGGGUUCGUCGAUCAAGCGCUCGCGGCGGCGGCGAAGAUAGAGCGCGAGCGAAACGGACGAGAAAUAAAAAUCGCCACCAUCUCCGCCGCCGACCUGAGGAAAUCCGCACGCGGCCCGGGGGCGGCGAUCAUACCCAUCGAGGGACAGUUCUCCAGGAUUCACACCACCCAGGGGAGCCAGGCGGCGCGACACAAGCACCAGCUCACGGCGCUCUUGCACGACGCGAAGGUAGCCGAGGAGCGCACCAUCGAGUCCGGCUUAAAGGCUGCGCACACGCGCGCGAGCAAUCGACAAAAGUACGGUUGGUGA